AUGUAUUCGUCACAUGCGUUUUUAUGGACGCUCGCGCUGCUAUUUGGCCAACAGAUUGUACUGCUGGAGGCUGGCUAUGGACUGGGCGUACCGCUUUGCCAGGGCUGUCGUGUGCGUUACGUUAAAUAUCCGCUGGCAGGAGCCAUUCCAAUCAUAAACAUGGAGCGCUACAAGAAACCGGUACCUAAGUCCAUUACAAUUGAGCGCGUUAUUAAUCACUACAAGAAAAUCGAUGAAAAUCAGAUUAAGAGACGAACGACGACUGUGAGGAGUCGAAUAUCAUCGGAUUAUAGUUUCAUAGUGAAAAUACAAUUUGGAUCUGUUAGCCAAUGCAGUGGCGCACUAUUAUCGUUGAAGCUGGUACUCAGUUCCAGCAGCUGCUUCAGAUCGUUUAGUGCAUCGAAAUUGGACAAACUUCAUGUGCUUAUCAGCCACGGUCAAAGAUUAGCAGUAGCCUCUGUGCAGCAACCAGCAAGCUACGAUGAGAUAACAUUGCUUAUUUUGAAGUCGAGUCCGAUCAACGUAAAGCCCGUAACCAUUUGUAAUACUCCACUUCAACCCUCCAUGAUUGCAAUUAUGCUGAUGGCCAGCGACGAUUUGAGCUUCUAUGGUCGUAGGAGCACACAACUGAUCAGUAAUAGAUCAUGCAAAACCAGCUACGUGGAGGAUGAACAGGCCUUCAUCACUUCCAACAUGCAGUGUUUACGAAACUCCCUCAAUCCGGACCAUUGUGGCACCAUUAAAGGCGAUGCACUGCUCCAGGGCGGGAAAUUGUGCGGACUCAGUGCCUACGGCUCCAGAUGCCGGGCACGUACCACCAAUGCUGACCUCUACGUGAAUCUCUACAAAAUGAAACAAUUUUUAACCGAUGCCAUACAGAAAGCGCAAAAUUAA